AUGAUUUGGUCGCUGACUGUAAAUGGAAACAUAGUUCGCUUCCAUUCCCAGGGUGGUGGUCCCGCGGUAAGUCAAGAGAGUCCUGAUCCGCAUAGGGAAUCCGAAUCGUGGACCGCGGCUACUCCCGGCGCGGCCAAUCAGUCCCCAUAUCAUGUUAUCUCAAGCGGUGGCCCCUCAGUUGACUCGCCUUCAAAUCACUCGCCUCACCUGAGCCAGCAAUCCGAAGAUAAGACCCCUGAUGCGGCGCCCUUUCGGCCCCUUGAUCCAUAUGAUGACCGGCCGCCUGCUCAAUAUAGGAGCACAUCCCUUGGCCCCCAAGUCCGGCCUCGUGGACAAGGGGAUGUUGAUCACUAUUCUUCCGCGGGGCACUCUACAACAACAUACCCCACUGACGAUGGCUCUGCUUCAUAUGCUUUAUUGUAUGACCGUCAUGUGCCAAGCGUGAUAUCAUCACAAGAAGAUGAGACCUUUCGAAGACGGUUUCCCUUAGAAGACACCCGGGAGGCUUGUCUUUUUCGAUAUUUUGUCGAAGAGAUUGCGCACUGGUUUGACUUGUGCGAUGAAGACCGCCAUUUCCAGCUUGCCGUUCCUCGACUUGCUCACCACCAUCCACACCUCCUCAACGCGAUAUUCGCAGUUGCCGCCCGCCAUCUCAGCCGUCUUCCCCAGUAUCGGACCCCCGCCGGUAUUCUCUAUCACGGACAGAUUAUUCCCAAGCUUAGCGAGCAUGAUGCAGUCGAGUACAUGCUCAAGUGCAUCCCUGCGCUCCGGCACUUUCACGAUAUUGAUGACGAUGAUUAUCGAGAUAGCAUCAUUGCUACAGCUGUCAUCCUCCGCCAGUUGGAGGAAAUCGACGAGGAGGAAGAGGACGCCUCAACAAAUGAUAGUAGCCAUGGCCAAGGCGAUGAUGCCCAUUUCCAAUCCGGAAAACAAGUCAAUUUCCUUCCCAUCAUCAAUGCUGUUUUGAGAAGCUCCGCGUCGCAGGCAUUGUUUGGCCGAAGAAGUCUUAUCCAAGCCGCGUACUGGAUGGCACUUCGACAGGAAAUCUACCAUUCCUUUACUCGAAAACAGCCACCGCAGCUGUUCCCUUCGUCUGAUUUAUGGCAUAGCGCUUCCAAGGCGAAUAAGACGGUGAUGCAUACCGUCCAAGUAGCCAAGUGGCGUUGGGAAGACGGAUCUGAACGCGAAUGGAUGAGGCUCAUGGACCAGCAAAACUACCUCGAGUACGAGAUUCUGGCCAAUUUCCGCCCCAUCUUCAAGAGAACGGCAGACAAGGCCAAAGGGGAGAUUUUUCCUACCAUCUGGUACGGAUCCAAUCUUGAGGUUACCAGUAUCCAACAGAGCAUCAUGGCAAAGUCGGUGCUGGUCGCCGAGAAUCCGUUUCUCAAAGCGCCGUCAGCAUCGCGGGCGAGCUGGAGAAGGGCCGAGAACGAUGUUCGUCUGCUGUUGCUGGAGCUCUGCGGUAUCGCUCUCUGCCAUCCCGCCUCGCCUCCAGCGCUGUUGAAUGCUGCCAUUGGUAUUCAGCUGUAUGGCGACUUUUUCACGGACCGAUAUGAACGUCAGGCGCUGCGGGUUGUCGUUGAAAAGUAUCGAGAUGCGCGAGCCUGGCCGGUCCAGAAGCUGUUGGAGAUGUUUAAGGAGUGA